AUGGGCUACGUCUCCGACAACAACCUCGUCAACUAUAUGCCCCUCUCUACUACUACUCAAUCUCAUCUUCUUCUCACACACUGCGAUAUUAACGGCGACGAUCAGCAUCAGCUCAUCCCUGCCUCCUCAGGAGAACACGAUGAGGGGAAAAGUAACGUUACUGCGGCGGUGGCGACUUCGAGAUGGAAUCCAACGCCGGAGCAGAUCACGACGCUAGAAGAGCUUUACAAGAGCGGAACACGGACGCCGACGACAGAACAGAUCCAGAAGAUAGCAUCCAAGCUCCGUAAAUAUGGCAGAAUCGAAGGGAAGAACGUUUUCUAUUGGUUUCAGAAUCACAAGGCAAGAGAGAGACAGAAACGACGCCGUCGUGAAGGAGUUGCUAUUAACAUUAGUGGUCGUGAACCACAUCAAGACGUCAAGGAUUCAUCAUCAGGUGGUUAUCGAGUUGAUCGGACGAAGAGCUGCUUAUCUUUUCCACACUCAGACGCACAGCCACAGCAUGAAUUAUUAGUUCCUUUGAGUUACAAUAAAGACAACAAUGGUAAUAAUGAAGAUGAUGGGACGACGACAGAAGUAUCUGAGAGGGCAUCGGAGGGUGGUAAAGACAUCAUCACGUGGAGAAAUCUUGUUACUUCGUCCAUAACUGAUCAAGACGAACCAGGCCGAGAGGUCGAAACGAGGGAGAUCCGAACUUUAAAUCUCUUCCCGGUUCUAGAUCAGAACCAAGAGAAAACCAGCCGGUUUAAAGAGAAGAUGAUGAACCAAGUGUGUUGUUGUAACUACUGUUUCUACUACGAGUUCUUGCCUCUCAAGAACUGA